AUGGCGGCGGCGCGCCGGCUCCGUGAGCUUCAAUCGGAAGCCUCAAACAAGAUCUGCGUCGACUGUUCCCAAAAGAAUCCCCAAUGGGCCUCCGUCUCAUACGGCAUCUUCAUGUGUCUAGAAUGCUCCGGUAAACACCGUGGCCUCGGCGUUCACAUCUCCUUCGUCCGAUCUGUUACCAUGGACUCGUGGUCUGAUCUCCAGAUCAAGAAAAUGGAGGCCGGUGGUAACCGCAAUCUCAAUUCGUUUCUCUCUCAAUACGGAAUCCCUAAGGAAACGGAUAUUAUAAGUAAGUAUAAUUCCAAUGCUGCUUCGAUCUACCGCGAUCGGAUUCAGGCUCUUGCUGAAGGUCGUUCGUGGCGGGAUCCGCCGGUCGUUAAGGAGAAUGCUAAUGCUCGAUCUGGAAAAGGGAAGCCGCCUCUGGCUGGCUCUAAUGGAGGAGGUUGGGAUGAUAAUUGGGGUAAUGAUAAUGAUGAGAGUUAUGGAUCUCGCGGUGGUGGUGAGUUUAGGAGGAAUCAGUCGACUGGUGAUGUUAUGGGGUUUGGUGGAGGCGGGAUUGCGCCGUCGGCGAGGUCGAAGUCGACUGAGGAUAUUUAUACGAGGACGCAAUUGGAGGCUUCUGCUGCUAAUAAGGAAGGGUACUUUGCGAGGAAGAUGGCGGAAAAUGGAGCGAGACCGGAGGGGCUUCCUCCGUCACAGGGUGGGAAGUACGUUGGAUUUGGAUCUAGUCCCAAUCCUUCUCAGAGGGCGUCUCCUCAAAGUGAUUAUUUAUCUGUUGUUUCUGAGGGAAUAGGUAAGUUAUCAAUGGUUGCUCAAUCUGCAACCAAGGAGAUCACUGCCAAGGUGAAGGACGGUGGUUAUGAUCACAAGGUCAAUGAAACUGUCCAUAUUGUAACUCAGAAGACAUCAGAAAUUGGACAAAGGACAUGGGGUAUAAUGAAAGGGGUCAUGGCAUUGGCCUCACAAAAGGUUGAGGAGUUCGCCAAAGAACAUCCAAAUGAGAAUUCUGAUAACUGGCCGCGAAAUGAAAAUAAUAGGCAUGAUUUCAAUCAAGAGAAUAAAGGCUGGAAUUCUUCUACCAGAGAAAGACAACCUUCAUCAGGUGGACAAACUAAUACUUAUGACUCAAACUCUUGGGAUGAUUGGGACAACCAAGAUACAAGGAAGGAAGUACAACCAGCUAGAGAAUCAGCUCCCCAUAAAAAUGAUGAUUGGGCUGGCUGGGAUGAUGCCAAAGAUGACGAUGGAUUUGAUAAUAAAUCUUAUAGUCAUAAUGGGACGUCAGGUUCUGCCUGGACAGGAGGAGGUUUUCGCUAA